UGAUUAAACCACCCGGAACAAACACACUUUGAGUGGGUAAACAAGUGACAUAAAAGAGUAAGAGAAUUGGAAAACAAGUAGCAAGCAUAAGCCAUAGGUGCUACUCUGCUCUGUAUUGAGGGUGGCAUGGCCACAAGCACAAGAGAAGCUAACCAGCAAAACACGAAGAAGAAACUCCCUCUCUUUCCUCUCCUCUCUCUUCUCUGCUUCUCCUCCAUCUUCCUCCUCCUCUCCCAAUUCACAACCACCACAACCCCUUCAUCUUCCCACCCUCUUCGCACCUUCCAGAUCAACCACGGUUCCUGCGACUUUUCCCACGGAACAUGGAUCCACGACGCCUCAAGGAUACCCAGAUACGACAACACCUGCAAGGAGAUCUUCAAGGGCUGGAACUGCAUCUCCGGCAACAAAUCCAACGCCGGAGAACUCGCUAAGUGGCGGUGGAAGCCCAAUGGCUGCGAUCUCCCUCAGUUCGACCCAGUUGGGUUCCUUCAAUCUCACACUCACAUCAGCAUUGGGUUUGUUGGAGACUCGUUGAAUAGGAACAUGUUCGUGUCUCUUUUCUGCACUCUGAAGAGUGUCUCUGAUGUUCAAGUCAAGAAAUGGCGACCUGCUGGUGCUGACCGUGGAUUCACCUUUCUCCCUUACAAUCUCACCAUUGCUUAUCACCGUACCAAUCUUCUGGCUCGUUAUGGUAGAUGGUCAGCUAGUGACCAUGCUGGUGCCUUAGAAGCUCUUGGAUUCAAAGAGGGCUAUAGAGUUGAUGUUGAUGUUCUAGAGGGCACAUGGGCACAAGCUCCAAGUUUCCACGACAUUCUAAUUUUGAACACCGGGCAUUGGUGGUGGGCCCCUUCGAAAUUUGACCCUGUGAAGACACCUAUGCUUUUCUUCAAGAAGGGUCAGCCAGUAAUUCCUCCACUACUUCCAGAUCAAGGCCUGGAUAUGGUUUUGGAGCACAUGAUCCCAUAUGUGGAGGAAAGAGCAAGACCAGGGGCAGUCAAGUUUUUCCGCACUCAAUCACCAAGACAUUUUGAAGGAGGAGACUGGGAUCAAGGUGGUUCCUGUCGAAGGGAUCGACCUUUAUCCACAGAGCAGGUAGAAGAACUUUUCUCUGUGAAGAACAAUGGGACCAAUGUGGAGGUUCGACUCGUCAAUGAACAUCUACAUAAGGCUCUUAAGGGAUCAGGUUUCAUUAUUUUGGACAUCACUAGAUUGAGUGAGUUCAGGGCUGAUGCCCACCCAGGUAUUGCAGGAGGAAAAAAACAUGAUGAUUGUAUGCACUGGUGCUUACCAGGAAUUACAGACACCUGGAAUGACUUGUUUAUACAGCAACUGAAUACUAUCAAGCGUAGAAGUUGAUAAAGCCAUAAAGAAGUAGUUAUUUAUAUUGGAGGGAAAAAAGAAAAAGAAAAACCUGCAUUGCCCCCAUACAGUCCUGUGGAACUUCACUACUGCUGACUGGCAAGAUUGAUUUUGAGUAUGUUACAUUUUCUUUUUGAAUAUAGAAGUUCCGAAUGCAAAUAUUAUAAUUUGUGUAAUCCACAUUCCAAAUGCAUAUUAUAGUUCUUUUUUGAAGAUUAGUGAGAUAAAAUGACACAUCAUGUUUCA